AUGGCUUUGGCAGCAAAUGCAAUGGUAAUUCUCCUGGUUGGGGUCACCAAGAGCCUCCACUCCCCUAUGUACUUCUUCCUCAGCCAGUUGUCCUUGUCUGAGAUCCUGUUCACCAGUAACAUUGUGCCCACCAUGUUAUGGCUGAUACUAAAGGAAAGGGGUAAAGUAUCGAUUGUCUGGUGUUUAUCUCAGUUCUAUUUAAUGGGUGUUCCAACCAUUGCCCAGUGCUUGUUGUUGGGGGCCAUGUCCUUUGAUCGAUAUGUGGCGAUCUGUAGACCAUUACACUAUGCCACCAUUAUGACCUUUAUCCAUCAGCUGCAGAUGGUCACCUCCUGCUGGUUGUUUGGCUUCAGCUUGACCCUUUGUGUAUACAUUUUAUUAAGCAAGUUAACAUUUUGUGGCCCUAACACCAUCAAUCACUUCUACUGUGAUGUUGCUCCUCUUCUACAAUUGUCCUGCUCCAGUACAUCUUAUAUAGAACUGGCCACCGCUGUGUUGACAUUUCCCAUCCUUUUGUCACCAUUCAUGUUUAUCAUAGUCACCUACAUUUCAAUUAUUCGUGCCAUCCUCAAGAUUCCUUCCAGCAGUGGAAAACAUAAAGCCUUCUCCACCUGCAGCUCCCACCUGAUCAUCGUGUGCAUGUACUACGGGACACUGUCAUCCAUUUAUAUCUUCCCACCAAGAAAUAAUUCCAUAAAUCUGAACAAAGGUCUAUCUGUUCUAUACACACUGGUGACUCCAUUGCUUAACCCCUUAAUCUACAGUUUAAGAAACCAGGACAUUAGAGGUGCCAUUUUUAAGCAUAUUCAAUAUUUGAGGCUAUGA